ACACCAUAUAAUAUUCAGUUGAGAAACAUGUACAAACAAAAUAAAUGCUGCUUAAAUUAUAAUUCACAAGCAAAUAUAAUCGAUCGAUUAGUACAUGUACAAGCAACACAAUCAAUUUUAUUAAAAAGCCUUAGUUAACCCAGAAAAUAAGUAAUAUUCACCGAUUAGUAAAGCUUGUCCAACACCCCUUAGCCUUGACGCUGGCUGCACACGUUACCCAACACUCUUUGCAGAAAACAAAAUAGGCAACGCAGUGAACUUCAUAACAAUUCCUUAGCUAACUCAACAGCAGGAUAUUCUCUAUCAUUUUGAAUGUGCACAUCAAGGGAGUAGCACAUAGAAUAUUUAAUCCGGUUAUCUUUCUAAAGGUUCCAGCAUUUUUAGAAAUUAAAGUGAGAGCCAAUCACAUACUAAUAAGCUAAAUUUUUGGGGCUUGACUGAAUUUCUUAAUGUGUAAUGGAGCUUUCCACUUGGAAGAAGGUGCUCUUGAAAUGGGUUAGGGACUGUGAGCUCAUCGAACCAACUCCAGUGUGCUUGGAUGAUCUAGAGCCCGAAAUUUUCUUUUCGGCAUACGCAGACCGCGUGAAAUAUUUGUCGUCCUUCAAUCCAGAGUCUGCAAGUAGCCCACUGCUUUAUUUUUUGGAAGAGAAUUUUCCCAAUUUCGAGCCCCAACUAAAACAAAAUGGCAGCAUCGCUGCCAGCGAUUACGCCUAUGUAUAUUCUCUUCUAUGGCGAUACGCCAGCGAUAACGGCGGCAUCGACUAUAUUCCGGACGGUGUCUUUCAAGAUAAUUAUAUUGAAAACUGUAUUGAACUCUUCACUCGAUACAUCCCAGAUAUGUCCAAUCUAUCGAGAGUUCUUUUGCACGAAUGCAUCACCCGGAUGCCCUCCGGUUUUCAAGAAGAUUCUCCUGAGCAUAAUGGCGAUAGCGAUUCGUCGGGUUGCGGCUGCGGCGAAUAUGUGAUGGGUGAAGAAUGUGUGAGCGAGGCCGCUGAUGAAAACGAACUCGAUUAUAUAGAGGACGAAGCCAUCGAAGAAGGCGACUCUGAUGGGGCCGGCGAAGCAUCUGAAUACAUUGGGGGAGAGGCCGUCGAAGAAAAUGUGCCCUAUUUUAUUGGGGACGAGGCAAACGAAGAACGCAACUCUGAUGAGCCGCGCGCAGUGUCUGAAUACAUUGUGAAAGAAGCUGACGCAGAAAAUGAAAAUCAAGCCGAUUAUACAGAAAAAGAAUCUGGCGGGGAACUCGAUUCUGAUGAGGCCGACGAAAAAUCCGAAUACUUUGAAGAAGCCGUCGAAGAAAAUGAAAAUGGACAAGAUUAUGUACAGGAAUACAACUCUGAUAGUGAGGCCAGCGAGCAAGCCGAAUACCUGAAUAGUCCCGAUUAUAUAUUGAACAAAACCGUUGAGGAAUACUACUCAGAGGGCGCCGAAGAGGAUUCGGAUUCUAUCGAAGAGGACGCCGAAGCAUAUGAAAAUGAACCCAAUAUUCUAGACGAGACGCCUGAACCACAGAAAUCUCAAACUGAAGAAGAGAAUUUUGAAAAUGAGCCCGAUCAUAUCGAGAACGAAGCCACAGAAGAGCAUAGCCCUGAUAAUGAGGCGAGUGGAGAAGCCGAUUACGUAUUAGACGAAGCCGCCGGAGGACGAGAACCCGAUUACAAGGAUAACAAAGCUGUCGAGGAAAGCAUCCAUGAAUGCAAUUUACCAGAAAACAGUUCGUUGACCCCGACCAGGCUUCUACGUAAACACAGCCGUUCUUGGCGCACCUUCGCCAACCAGGCUGACGUCCCUCCUCUGCCCACCAGCAGCAGUUCAGGUGUCGAUACCGAAGAGAAGUACUGUUUGAUGGAUAAAGACCCAUAUGAAAACGCGCCUCCAGGCAAGGAUCUGCUUGGCAGCAACAAUAGCAUUAGAACGGAGAGAGACGUUCUGAUUGAUAACCAGCCAAAUGAAAAGAUGCCGACAAAAACGUAUUCCAAGUCUAGGGUAGCUCUGUUCCGCGAAAAAGGUUCCUCUCAAUCGGAGCCCAGCAUUCUUUAUAAUAUAUACACGUUGGCCACCAUCGAUACAGAUUCCUUGCGAUCUAGCGAGGAGGAGGACGAGGACGAGAAAUGCGUUGGCGAUAAUAACAACAACGAACAGCUUGAAGCCAAAGCAAGCAAUACCUUGGUGCAGUCGAAUAAAAAGGAACUGGGGAAUUCUUCCAGUUCAAAAUAUCGCAGCGCGGACGAGAAUGCAGAGGGUUUCAUCGAAAAUGAAAUACUACAAUUGGACAUGAUGAAUAGGAACGUAGACAAGGAUACGCUCAUUGAACUGCUUAAAGAUCAUAUAAGAGCCUUACAAACUAGCAACGAUGAGCUAACCAAGAAGAUGCAAGUGUCCGACUCGAACGCACAGUCGUACUUGGAACGCAUUCACGAACUGCAGGACCUCGUGGACAGUGCGGACGGGAUCGUGAUGGACAGGGAGCGUACGCUGGAAGGUCUACGCUCAGACUGCGAAGCGCUAAAGAUGCGCCUGCGCAGAGGCAGUUUUGAGCUGAAUGACACCACGGACGAUAUUGGUGUUAGCACGGAAGAGAAAUCACAAUCGGCUAAGCGAAACGAUUUGGUGGAGGCAUUAGCUUCUGCGGAGAACGAACGCAUGAGAUUCAAGCAAAAUGUUUUGGGGCUUAUUCGGACGCACAACGUGGAGAUGCCGGAACUGCCACUGAACGACGAUUCGAUACCAACGCUCUUUGGCCUUAUUGAGUAUACCAUGGACCAGAUGGCCGCAAAGUAUGAAUCGCAUAACCAGACUUUGCCAGCCAAUGAAACGCUGAACGUGGAGCAAGCCGCCUGCUUGACGGCAUCGCAUAAUCAGAGGGACGAGCAGCCGGCGUUCGUAGGGCGAUCGGUGCAACUGGAUCAAGAUCCCAUGGCUCUGUACCAGCAACAGAUUCAAGCCCAGAACGCGUUCGCCGCCGAAAUGCUCCAAAUAUUAGCCGAUUACAACAAUCUAGCCGUCGAGCCAGACGAUGAGCCCGGCGACGUUUUCCAUCAGUUGCGCAAACAACUCGUCCAUUUUGUGGCCAACUACAGAUGUCUGGAUACCCUAAACACGCAAUUGCAAAGCACAAUGCCGGCGACGAUGGAUGCGUUGAGUGCCUACGAAACGAACAUCCGAAAGAUGCUGCUGGAAGUGGAAAAUAUCUGCAAUGUGUCGUCAAUGAGCCAAGAGACAGGCAUGAAUGCCUUGGAGCAGCUGCGGCUGCAGAUAGAACAAUUUAUGUCCGAUUUCAAGGGGCUGGAGGCGACCAGCGUGCACUUGACCAGCGAAUACAGGAGCUGCCUGAUGCAGUACAGCGAUCAGCAGCAGAAUCGCCUAAGGUUGGAGCAUUAUAUAAAGUAUCUGGAGGAACAGUUGGAUUACAAAACUAGCGAAUGCAACUGGUUCGGGCAGGAGUUAACGCACCAGAUCGCAUAUAUCAAUAAGCUGGAGUCCGAGCAGGACAUGUCAGAGAUUUCAGACGAGCAGGAGCUCCACAAGUACCACCAGAAACUGGGUUCAGUGCUGGGCCGGCUCAAGGCAAAGAUGAUUAAUUACGUAUGCGGCAUGGUCCGCCUAAAUGUGAAUCUCAACAUGCCCCUGGUCAUAGAUAAUCAAAUGCUUGUCGUGCACCAGCGCCGACUGACCUUAUUACUAGACGAUAUCAAAAACAACGUAAUGGAUCACAUCGCACAGAUUGCCCGAAUAGUCUCGGACUACAAGCUGCCCAAGUACGAGAUGCAGCUGAUCGACGAGGAGAAUCAAAAGACACUGGUAGAUGAGCUGCAGCAACAGCUAAGCGCUGCUAAGGAUCAAAAUAAACAGCUGGAGCAGGAGCUACAGUCGGCCAUUCAGCAGGACAAGUAUUCGGUGCUUAAACAGGAGCUGAGGAUUGCACGCCAUGAGCUGAACGAUAUGAAAAACGAAAAUCUGCAGCUGAGCCACAGACUCUUUGUCUCCCGGCGUGGUGGCGAAUCGAAGGGAUUGGAGAAGCAGCUGGAGACUUACAAACAAUAUUCAUCGGAGCUUGAGUCGAAACUCAAUGAUGCCUUCGAUUUGGUCAACGAUCGGAAUCGCGAACUAGAACACUUGGCCAAUAUGUUCACCGAGCUGAAAGUAUCGCUAACAAAUAUGGAUCAACGCGUUAGGCAGGCAUGUCCUGUGGAAGGUACUUCAUUUGUGGUCGUGGGGCAGGGCCGGGAUUUCGCAGAGCUACAGCAACACGUCGAAUACUUGGAGCAGGAGCUGGUUAUAAGCCAAGAGCUAAGCACUAAUAAGCAAUCGGAGCUGCAAGUGCAGUUACUGGAACAACAGAAGGCUGCCGCAAUAGAGCUAGAUGCCCGAGAUUCUGCCAAUCAGCAGCUGUCCGAAAAGCUGGAAGUAUGCCGGGUACAGGUUGAAAGCUUAGAAUGCCAGCUGAAGCAAAGCCAAGCACCAAGAGAGCAUCAAUGGCAGUCGGCACUGUCUGUUGAUCAGCUUGGCGGCUCCAGAGGGAGGCUCCAGCAGCCGUCAAGCGUCGAGAGCGGGCUGAGCCAGCAGCUGGAAGGCCUACAGCUCCAGCUAAAGAAGAGAGAAGAGCAGCUGCAGGCCGCACAAGUGGACCUGCAGAAGGAGCAGAGCGAACGCCAGAGGCUAGCUGAAAAUCUGACCGACUACCAACAGCUGGUGGAAGAAUUACAGCAACCAUCCAAUCAGGAUUGGCAGAUGGAGUGCCAGCUGUUUGAGGCGCAUAAAGAGAUCGAGGUACAAAAACGGGAGCGCCUGAGACUGGCUAGAGCCGUCACCCAGUAUCAACAGAAGGUGGAGCAUCUACAGCGCCAACUGGAACGUGCCAAGAACGGCAAAUUGGCUUCGGGCCUGGUAGAUCAGCUAGAGAUGGUGAUGCAGGAGCUGCAAGAUGCCAACUACGCGAAUAUGCAGUUGGGCCGCGAGCUUCUUAGCUAUCAAGAGCAAAAAGCAAACUUACAGGAACAGCUGACUAUGUCCCAGAGCCACAACUGCCCAAGUCAGCAGGAAAAGAAACUGGUCGAGAAGUUGACAAUCGCACGUGAAGAAGUGCAGAAACUGAAAGUGGUAAAUCACAAGUUGGUGAAGACGGCCAGGUAUUACCGAGAUCAUGCUGAACUACUGCAGGAACAGAUGGGUGAGAUGCGAAGACGCGAAACGAAUGCAUUCCAAAAUGAAGCUCGACUGACCGCCGAACAUAAGGAUUGGCUUGAGAAAAAUCUGGCUACCUAUAAGAAGCGUGUUAAAAAUCUACAGCAGCAGAUAAAGGAGCGCGCUGUCCAGCUUAAGGAUGCCGAGCAGCAGGCAAGGACAAUUGAGCAAUUGCAAAAACAAUUGAUAAUGACGCAGCAGAAACUGAGGGAGAAGCCCAAAACUGUCACAAUGGAUCAAUCUGGACUAGAAGACGAACUGAAUACCGCCUACCACGAAAUAAUUGGGCACGCGUCCCACCAAAAGGAGCUCGCCCAGCAAAUUGUCAGCUACAAGGUAAGAAUUGAUCACUUGGAAAAGCAAUUAAAGGAUGCUCGGAGCAGCAGAGCUACUGCGUCGGGGGUAGAAGACAAGGAUGAGCUUGUCAAGCAGCUGGAAAUCGCCCGCAGGCACAUGUACGACCAGGACUGCGCACAGCUAAACAUGAGCGAGAAGCUCAGCAAUUACAAAAUGCGUUUGGAGAGCAUGCAGGAACAGUUGGAAAAGGCUCAAGUGAUAAAGGCCAAAGUACAAGAUGAACUGAAUCGCGCCCAGGAGCAUAUAAAGGCAAUGCAGGCACAGCAGCUGGAUCUGCAAGUGAAAUUGGACAGUUCAAAGCAGGAGACGGCAACCGCAUAUGGUCAGCUAAAUGAUUUGCAGCAGCUGCAACUGCUGACGUUGGAGCAAUUGGAAGACCUCAAAAAGCAAUUCGACAAGGUUCAGCAGGAGUUGGCCCAUGCGCAGGAAGUGCAAGCGAACACUGUAGAGAAGCUAGAUAAAGCGGAGAAGAGAUUGGAGAAGCCGCUCGAACAACUUGCAGAGGCUGAACAAAAGCUGCAGCGCAUAGAGUAUGUUGUCCAAGAGUACGACGCACUCCAACAGGAGAGGACAAAUUUGCAAGAGCACAUUAAAGAGGAGCAGGAGAAAUAUUUAGCUCUGACGGAGGGCCAAACAAAGCUGAUGGAGGAGAAGCGUGCGGAAAUAGAACGAGAGAUUGUUAAGCUACAAAAGAAGCUAGAGCUGAAGGACUUUCAGCUUAAAGCGCAAAAGGCUCAGAUCAGCGCCUUCGAAAGAAGAGUGGAGAAGUCGCCGGAGCCGAUCAGCAGCACGCACGAUUUGGCGCAGGCCAGGCGUGCGCUAGUCAAGCACAAGGAGCACCUGGCCGCAUUGCGGCAAGAAAAGAACACUCUGCAGAAGGAAGUGAAAGCCUACAAGGAACAGGCUAAAUGUGCCGAGCGGGAGCUAGCCACAUUUCGGCAGCAGCACGCGCGCUCCAUGGAUGAAUAUACGGCAUCUGUAUGCGAUAUAAGGCGUCUAGAGAACUCGCUCCACCUGGCCCAGUUUGAACUGCACAGCCUGCAAGCUAAGCUGGCGCUCACCGAUAAUGAAAUAAUGCGUCUAACACUUCAAGUGGGUGACCUCAACGAGGCGAUUCAACUGCAGAAGUUGCACUCGGCCGAGCUGUUGCAACAACUCUGUGAAAAUGAAGAUUCGCUCGCAGAAUUCAAAAAGCAAAUGGCUACCGAAUCUAAAGUCUACAACGUGGCCCAGAAGAAGCUGGACAGUACGCUUCAGGAGCUUAACACCCUGCGAUUGCGCCAGAAUCUGGUGAUCGGCCACCUACAUGGUCGCCUUGGCAAGUUGCAAUCGGAGGGCCGAGGGAUCGCGCAGCGAGAGUAUAAUACUCGCCGCAUCGUCAAGAGCCUGGAGGUCAAGUUGGCCAAAUUGAGAAAGGACCUGUCUGACAUGCGCUUCUCCAACGAGGGUCUGGUACUAGAGAGGGCAAACUAUUUGCAUCGCAUAAGUGUUAUGCACAGAAAGAUUGAACAAGAUCGCGACAGAAUGGAGCAUCUACAGACCAAAUGUGAGCAGCUGCAGGAGCAAUGUGGCCAAAUGAAGGCCAAACAACAAUCGACCAUCGGGAUGUCACAGACUGUGCUGUCCAUCGAUCCUAAGAAAACAGGCCGCAAGGCCGAACAUUUUCAACGCAGCCUGGAUUAAACUGAAUACAGAUUUUGCUGCGGAUUUUUGUUAUAAAUUUUCAUAAAAUAUUUAUAAUUUUAAAUCGACCGAAGAAAAAAAAACCGAACGAAAAGUUGAACAUUAUUGACGCCUGGUUUUUACACUUAU